AUGACGGACAGACGUCGCAUCAAUGGUCCCCUAGGUGGUACCGCGCCCCCAGUCUUUGUUUCCUCUCUGACUAGCAAGACUACUUCUCCUGCAAAGCGUACAAGGGCACCCGAUGAGCUCAGGAAAAUCUUUCUUAAGACCGGCUUGACACCAUCAGCGUCCGGUUCCGCAUAUUUCGAACUCGAACCAUCCACACCGACUGCAGCGAGCGAAUCCCUCGCAAGUAAAGCACCUGCCCUCAAACUCACAUGCACUGUGCACGGCCCUCGACCUCUUCCCCGAUCUGCACCCUUUUCGCCCCAACUCCUACUCUCCACACGUAUCAAGUUUGCACCUUUCGCGGCUCGACAACGGAGAGGUUACAUUCCUAACGUUGGCGAACGAGAUCUUGCCGCUCACCUUGAGACUGCGCUUCGAGGAGUCCUGAUCGGCGAGAGAUGGCCAAAGAGCGGGAUCGACGUCGUUAUCACAGUCUUGGAAGGCGAAGAAGAUAAUUCGUGGAACAAAGGUCAAUCGGGUGAAAGUGGGCGAACAGGCGGCUGGGGGAUGAUGUCUAUUCUGUCUGGCUGCAUCACUGUGGCCUCUGCUGCCAUCAUUGAUGCAGGAAUCGAUUGUAUUGACCUUGUCACUGGCGGUGUGGCUGCCGUUGUUCGCCAACCUACUGCUCCUCCACAAGUGUUCCUGGAUCCUUGCCCUUCGGACCAUGAAGAAAUCUUUGCAGCUUGCGUGAUAGGCUAUCUACAGACUCGGGAUGAAAUAACAGAGUUAUGGACCAAAAGAAGCAUCAUGGCAUCAACAGAUGGCAACAGGGCCAAUACUAUGGAAUUUGAGCCUCUUGUAGACCAAGCCGUGGAGGCAGCUGUGGCUGCUCGCUUGGUGCUAAUAGAGGCCAUCAAAGAGUCUACGGAAGUCAAGGUCCAAACAAGCCAGUUUGGCCAUCCGAAGAACGCUGCUAGCUGA